UGGACCAUAAAACAGAUGCAACAUUUAAAUCUUGAAACAGAAUUGCGAAGGGAGUCUGAAGUUGAUUCAAGCACUUGGGAAUCGGCUGGAGGGGUUCAUGAAAACUCUAAGAAAGCUUUAAUGGACCUUCUUCAACAAAAACUUGGUAUUCAAUCUAUGCAAUCAUCAGAAUUAGAUUGUCAACAUUCCACUUCAUCUUCUAAAGGGAGGGAGACCUAUUGGCCUGUUUCCGAGCAGCAAACUUCCAGUUUUCCUUUUAAUCGUUUUCCAAAUCAGGAAUUUCAUGUGAAUUACUUGUUUCCAGAAGGCCUUCAAAAUUCUGAUUCAAGUACCUUUUUGCAAGAUCAUUUGCAUGGAGUUGCUGUGAGUGGUUCUGUCAACCAAAUGGUUAACUGUGAAAGAUUUCCUCUUAAAGCUGGUUACGACUCCUUUGUAGAAGAGCAAUCAUUCUUGAUGGGCAUUGAAGACUCUUCUUGUGGUAGUUAUGCAGAAGAUAGCUUGAUGAGAAAAUCAGCUGUGGAUGUAGAAAUAGCAGAAUUGGAAGCAAAGGAGACGAAAAAUGGAUUGAAGGGUAUGAUUGCAAGGAAUGGUUCUAUGUCGGGGUCUAAGGAUAAUGUGCAAGUGGAGACAGCCUUGGAGUGUGGUGAUCUACAAAGUAGCAUCCAUGGCCGGCAUAAUUCUCUUAGUACGGAUGGGAGCAGCAGGUUGAAUGGAUACGAAGAUGGAUUACAUAAGUCGGUUAGAGAUGUUCUUUCUACUGAUAGGUGGGGUUCUUUUACUACAUGGUUUAUGUCACCUUCAAUGCUGGCAAAGGGACUGGACAAAGUUUCACAGAAAUGCCCACCUGCGCUAAGGGUUUCUUCAUCCCAGGAUGUAGUUUCUGGUGAAAACUCAGGGGAAUUUGUCAAGCAGAAAAAUUCUACAAGCCUUACAACUGAUGAUACGAGUUCAGAAGGAAGACAAGAGAUUGCGGCACAUCUAGGUGCAAUGAGGAGCAUAGAAACUCGGGCAUUGGGCAAGAAAGAUGUUGGUUUUAGAAGGACGUCAUCUUGUGAUUGUGCUGCAUUGUCUGAAGCAUCAUUCAUAGAGAUUCUAAAGAAGCCAGUUCUUCGCGGGACUGAGGCAGCUAACAGCACUUCUUUAGAUCCCUCUGACGGAGUUCCACAAGCUGGACGAAGCGGGAAGAAGAAAGGGAAAAGAGGAAGACAGAUUGAUCCUGCCCUUUUAGGUUUCAAAGUCACAAGCAACCGUAUAAUGAUGGGUGAGAUCCAACACUUUGACGAUUGACAACCACACUUGCUAUGUACAUUCCCUGUAAAUCUUUUAACCCUUUUUCUUAUAGAGAACUUCUGUACUGCAUAUUUGAGAAGCAUAGGCAAUUUAAUUGAUUCUUUUUCAAU